UCAAAUUGAAAUAACCGAUCCGGCGAGUCGAGUGCGGGUCAACGGUGGUGGAAUCGUGCGCAGUGUUCGGCGCGAUCGAGCACGGCCUGCAUCGUUCUGUGCUCGCGCCAACGAAACGUCGACGACGACGACGACUGCAACGGUGUUAACGGUCGUUUGACGGCGGCUGCUCACCGCGUGCGUCCCGCACGCGAUCGCCCGACGCGGUCCCGAAGCCGGUGAAUCCGCCGGUGAGGCUCGUUAACCCGCGAGGACACGGCAGGCGAGCCCACGCCGUCGCGCGAGGCGACGCGACACAACGCGCGGCCGAGAUGUCCUUCUCCAAGGCGAGGCUACAACGCUUCAACGAGUUUGGAAGUGAUGCACCUCCACCAGGCGCUUAUGAUCCAAAAUUCGACAGUAAGGUGAAAGGACCUGUUAUUGAGAAAUCCGAUAGGUUUGUAGAUAAUAAAAGUACAAGCAGCGCGGAUUGCAGUGGAUCGAUUGUAUCAGUAAAGAGCAAUGCGUCGACUCCUGUUUUCCGAGUGCCUCAAGCGCCUCCGAAGCGAACCAUAAAACCGGGGUUGACUUAUCCUAAAUUAAAAACGCAAACGAUUCAAUUAGCCAAAGGUCAGAGUAUGAAAUAUGAAAACCUUCAGCAACUUGCUGAUCUUCAAGUAGAAUGCUCGAACAAGGAUAAAACUAUACAGGAACAUGAGAAACAUAUCGAGGAUAUGAAAGAUGAGAUGCGGAAAUUAGAAUACGAGCUGGAAGAGUUGCGUAAAAAACAAGAUGAAAUAGAGGCACAACAUAUGAAAGAUAUAGAAAAACUGGCUACGUUACACCAGGGUGUGCUAAACGAUCAUGAUGAGAACCAUCAGGCAGAAAUACAGAGCCUUCGCUAUAAAUUAUUAGAAAUGACCGAGGAAAAAGAACGAGAGAUUUCAACGCGAAAAGCAAUGGAAAUGGAACUCAGAAAUCGUGCGGCCGAACUAGUGAAAGGAAUAACAACAUUGGAAGCUGAAUUGUGUGCUAAGAGAGAAGAGGACGGAGCAAAGAUUGAAGCUCUUGAAACGGAAAUUGCAGAAUUGUUAAACAAAUUGGAAAAAGCGAAACAGGAUUACGAUAUCGAAAUAGGAUUAUUAGAAAAAGAAAAAUAUCAACUUGAUAUCUGUGUCGCGAAUUUAACUCAGGACCGAUCUGAUCUUGAAUCUAAAUUGGAAAUAAGGCAAAACGAAAUUUCAGAACUCGAAGCGCAAUUGUCUGCUCUACAGUGCGAAUUGCAUGAACUUAAAGCGCAAUAUGAAGAGCUUGCCAGUGAUUAUGUCAAUAAAUUUUCUGACUUCACUAACAAAUACGAGGAACAAAUUGAACACAUGAAAAAUGACUUUUGGACAGAAAAGGAAAAACUUGUAAUGGAAAAUGAACUUUACAAAGCACGCGCAUCAAAACUGGAAACAAAGGCAAAUAAGAUGGAGGAGACAAACUGUUCCCUUAUGGAAGAAUUGAAGAAUCUUCAAAGAUGUCAUGAAGAUGUGACUCUACGUUUGCAAGAAGCUCAAAAUGAACUCGAACUUUUAAAUGAGAAGCAUACCAUUAUGAUAGAAAAAUAUAAAAAGGACUUGAAUGAUAUGACAAAUAUGCAUAGGAAUAAAACAUUAACACUGGAAAAAGUAUUGGAGGAUGCCGCAGAUGAAUACUUGAAAGAAUUGGGAAAUGUCACCAAGGCAAAAGAUAAAGAAAUAGAAGAUUUAAAACAAGCUGCCAUCAAGAAAAUCGAAGAGGAAACCGAGCUGAUAAUGAAGCAUGCUCGACAAAUGAUAGAAGAAUCGGAGGCUGAUAAACACGCUAUGCUAGCAACAUACAGCACUGAAAGCGAGGAACAGGUGAAAAAAACAAUUGUUGAGUGUGAUGCGAAAGUCCACGCCAUGGUUGAAGAGACGCGAAAUACCGUGGAAGAGGAGAUGCGACUCGCUAACGACAGAUAUAAAGCAUGUUUGCUUCGUAUGGAAGUAGAGCGUACUGCGUUAGACAAAAAACUUUUGCAGAGAGAUAAUGAAAUCACCAAACUUUCCAUAACACUCGAGGAACUAAGAUCAUCCGUGGAAACACAGGCAAGUUUUAGUCAAAGUUUACAACUUGAGCUAGAUAAAGCAGAAAGCGAUUUGGCGGAGAAGAAAGAAGAAUUGAGAGCUUUGAAGGAUCAAAUUAGAACAGAAGCGGCAGGAAUGGUUGCCAGGAAGAAAAGAUUUGAGGUAAUUAUGGCUGAAAAUCAAGCGUCCGUUGUUGCACUUACAAAUCGGUUGGCUCAAAGUAACGCUGAAGUGGAAAGAUUACAGUACGAAGUGACACGUAGUGAAAAUUCCAUACGCGAACACAAAGAAUUACUCUGUGCGAUGCGUACCAACUCACAAUUGGUGCACGAACAAGUUCAUUCUUUCAUGAGAGCGUUGGAUUCCCAUAGAGAAUUGGUAGAUCAGCAUCAGUCUGGUAAUAUGUCUCAGUUUGAUAAGAUAAAGUCUCUUUUUGAAACAAAAAUCGAGAAUCUAAAACAGAAAGCCGCAAAGGAAAUUUCAAGACUUGAGGAUGAUGCUAAGCUAAAAUCUAUAUUAAAUGAUGAGUUGAGAUUACAACUUGAUGAAAUGUCUAAAAAUAUCAAUGAAGCGCAAGGUGCAUUACUCGUACUGGAAGAACAAAAUGAUGCUAGACAGAUUGAUAUUUCACGAAUGGAGUUAAUAAAUAACAAACUUAUUGAGGAAUUAAAGAGUCGUGACAAAGCGUUAGACGAAAGUAAACUAUUGCUUCAAGAUCAAGCAAUGCAACAUAAAAUUAUUCUAGACAAAGCAAAUUCACAAAUAAAACAGCUCUCCGAGAAAGUAAAGCAAUUCGAAGAAAUGGGACCAACUGCAAAGGAAACUACUUUAUUAUUGGAGCAGGAACGAAACAAAUGGAAAUCUUCGGAAAAUGAACUUAUGCAGCAGCUUAAAAAAGAAAUAGCAAAACGAGAAAGAGCUGAAGAAGAGAUUGCUAAAUUUGCAAUAUUGAACGAGGAUCUUAAGAAAAAUUACGUAGAAAUCACUGAACAAUACGCUGAAGCAAUCGGUCAUCAGAAUCCUAAACAAAGGAUCAAACAUGUUAUUCGACUUAAAGACAAGAAGUGCGAAUUGGAACAGGAAUUGCUAACCAAGACUAGAUUAGUGGAACAACAACAAAAGACCAUAGAAAAGUUGAAAGCAGAAGAAAAGCGAUCUCACUGGAAAGGCAAGGAGAAUGUAGGAAUGGUACAUUCAACCCCUAUUUCUUCUCCGCAUAAAACGACGCCAUUAAGGGACCGAAAUGAUUAAUCUUAAGCAAUAGUUGAAUAGCUUGUCUUAAGUUAUUAAUCUAUAGAUUACAGAUAUUCAAAUUGUGCCCCAACAAUUUCCUAAGGAAUUAGAAAAGCAGUUGUCGCGAUAGUUAAUAAUAUUUGUAUUAUUAAAUAAGGAAACAAGCUUCAAAAGCUGUAUAUUUUUAUAAAAGUUACGAAAAUGUUUUUGUUAAUACUGUUAAUUUUGCCAUUGUGAAUUUCAUGCAUAAAUGAAGCGAAUAUACUGACAAUAAGUUCAGGCCAAAUUUAACAAGCUUCUUCGGUUGGAAAUUAUAAAAUUAUUUUAAUAAGGAGUAUGUGUUACAUUGACUCAAUUUCGCGAAACGUCGUGCUGAAGAAAACGCCUCCGCCGAAGCCAAGUAGAAUACCCACCAGUUUCAUCGAUCUGGGAUUUUGGCUGCUCAUGUCCCACUUUAACCACUUGGCCAAAAGCAUCGGUACGAUGCCCAUGAUCGUGCUCACAGUGCACAAUACCACCAUGGUGACAGCUUUGGCAGUUAAUACAUUCUUUUCCGAAUCUUUCGAAUCCUCGCCGUGGUGAGUCGUCACGUUCACUCCCGCCAUUUGGAGCAAGGAUUCUAUUAGCGAUAUGGUGGCGAAUCUUCCGGCUCUUCUUCACCGUUUACUUUCUCUGGAUGGCUCAAAAUGUAUCAUCGUUUCGUCCUUCCUUUGUAUUGCCUUGUUUUCCUCCUCCUUUGCUCCAACACUCGUAUACCCAUCGUUUGAACCGUCUGAACUCCGAAUCAUGGCAUCGUACCGAUGCUUUUGGCCAAGUGGUUAAAGUGGGAUAUGAGCAGCCAAAAUCCCAGAUCGAUGAAACUGGUGGGUAUUCUACUUGGCUUCGGCGGAGGCGUUCUCUUCAGCACGACGUUUCGCGAAAUUGAGUCAAGUAACACAUACUCCUUAUUAAAAUAAUUUUAUAAUUUCCAACCGAAGAAGCUUGUUAAAUUUGGCCUGAACUUAUUGUCAGUAUUUUGUAAUAAAACACAAGCGCUAUACCUUAUAUUUAUUAUGAAGCGGAUAUGUUCGAACUGUCGACAACACGUUAUAAGAAAUAUUUGUAAUGUAUUUUACAUUUUAUAUAAUUUGUAACAACCUGGUAUAUUUUAUGCACGACUAUUGUACGAAUGGAUCACUAUUAAUAUACAUAUAAAGACUUGCUAUAAUAUACUUUUUAUAUUAUGGUCUCAAUAAAUGUUCUGUCCGGAUAGAAUUACAUUUGACAUGUGAUAAUGUGGUUUUAUUUAAAUGUUCAGACUCUGGUACAAUACUCGUUCAUUAAACGAUCUUGUAAACAGGCUGAUUUCUCCUACUACAGAAAUAGCGAAUGUCUCGAAUGUAUUUUAUUCAAACGACAGAUGGAUUCAAUUUCUUUUUCAAAAUAAUUACUUCAGCCGUCAAAUAUUAAAAUCCAGUGUAACGAUUUAAUGUAAACGUGAACAAUAUGUCUAUAAACAAUAAUUUAGAUAAUAAAGGUCCAAGUACACGUA